CCUGUCUAUACAUUGCAGCAGGCUACGUGAUCACAUUUAUGCUCACAGUCACAGCUCAAAAAGCAUUUUUUUAAUGCACUGAACUGAUAUUUCCACACAUUUGGAUGCUAUAGGUUGUUUCUAUAUUUGAAACGAACCCAACUUAUCUAAGGCUGACCGUGUUUUUACUAUUUUAUCUGCCAUAUGAUUUCUCUCCCUAUUUCGCAAUAUUUUUUAUGUGGCUAUAUCUAUGGUUCGUAAGAUUAGGUAUCGAUGGUGGACUUGUGCAUUAUGGGAAACAUUGAAACAGCCAAUAAAACACGGUUUAUUGAAAUUUUCUGAGCCAAUCGAAGAGGUUGAAAUGCAGUCGAACCGUAAUCGUGGCAAAGACAAGUUCCGAAUUCACAACAUGUUAAGUUAUUGGACAGUACAGUGGACAAUUUAAGAUUAAUAGGUAUUUGUAUUUAUUUAAAACCCAUUACAAACAAUUAUAUCCAGAAUUCACGGCAAGAGGCUAAUCAGCACCAGCGAGAUCAGCGUUCCAAACAAGAGGUUACCAUAGAAACGGUGAAACCAACGCCAGAUACCUUUUUUAAAAUGUUUAGCUAGGUAACUAGCUAUCUAGGAAACAUAAGUUCUUGGCUAAUAGAGCUAUGAUAGGUAGCGCUCAUUGUCUCGACAGUGUCAGAUUUGUUAAGCGUUGCUAUCUGUCUAAACCACUUUAUGUUGUUAACUAGCUUGCUAUAGCUAGUUUUCUUUCUUUGUUUGCAAAGUUGUUGGGUAGUUAUCGUGUUGGGUCUGCGAUGUCCUGGAGCCUGUUACGAAAAGGUAGUUUUUAACACAGUUAGCUAACGUAGGAUUAUACGUAGUUGGGUUAGCGUUAGCAAAGAAAAGCAACUUGUUCUUGCUCGCUGUUUGCUGUAUUGCACACUAUUCAUGUGAAAUGUCCUCCUUUGAGCGUUUAGACGCAUUGCGAGAACAGAAUAAGGGUCUGUUGGUACAACUGAGUGAUAUAAAGGCGCGACUGCAAAGUCUUAACUUGGGAUCGUCCCAAGUGGGUGAAACACUGAUAUCUGAUGUUACGAUAAAGGCUUCACAAGAGCCCAGACCACAAACUGGAAGCAAUGAAACUGCAGCAGUGACUUUGAACGACAGACAAGGAGAUGUGACUCUGUCUGAUCGUGGACGAACAGAGUCCUCUGCAUCGGGUCAUUCUGUGUCAGUGGUCACCCUACCCGGAGGAGGAUUGGGCCAGGCCCGAGCUGCAUUGAGCAAACCCAGGGCACAACACAUGAUAGAGCUGCUGGCCAAUGUAGAUCAGGAGGAAGCAGUGGACCCUGAGACAGACCUCCGUAGGAGCACCACAUCACCCCUGCAUUUUCAUUCACUGGACACGCCCUCUACGGGGAGCCUUAUGUACAGUGGGCUCCUACAGGACCAAGGAAACCAGCGCCUUGGACAAGCCAAACAAGCAACCACCGAGAGGUCCAAACCUACCCAUCUCUUUCAGCACAGGGAGGAGAGGGAGUUGGGACAGGUGAUCUUCCAGGACCAGGACCAGGACCAGGACCUGAACCAGGACCAAGAUGAGGACAGGGAGCGACGUCGCCUGCACCCCCUGUUGGGAUAUGACUGGAUAGCAGGCCUGUUGGAUGUGGAGACUUCUCUGACUGAGCGCUCGGAGCAGUUUUUCACAGAGCUGCGCAACUUCCGCCAAGUCAACAGGGAGGAGUGUGUCCACAGCCAGAGCACAGGAGUAGGGGAAGAUGACCUUUCACCUCACAACCUUUCCCUAUCAACAGAAGAAAUGAAGGCACAGCUCCCUGAGGACGUGCACCAGUGCACGUUCUGCUACAGAAUCAACAGCCGCCUGUUCCCUGCCCCUCUGGAUCCCCAGACUGCGUGUCCUGUGUGCAAGGUUCCAAAAUCCCACCACCCGACCUCUGAGCCAGCCUUCAUCAGGGUGAGCAUCCCCCGAUCCGCACUCCUGCCGGCGCAUUGUUACGGAGCUCACCGCCGGCUGAGCUUCGACCCGUCCGACAGCCUGGGUUUGCCUUCGCACUGCAUGUCGGGCUGGUCCAACGUGGCCCUAGCUGAAGCCCCGCAGUUCAGCAGCCUGGAUCUGCGCAGCUGUCUGAAGACGGACCACUCCACGGCUAUCCCCACUGCGCAGCCCAAGCAGCCGCCUGCUGCACAGUCAAAGCAGCCACCCGUGAGACCCAACACUGAUGUCCCUGUCUCUCGAGUGACACUGGGCCAGCGCUCUGAAGAGCUCAUUGAUGCGACACGCUUGGCCGGUUACCGCUUCCCACGUCUUGCUCCCAAACAGACGAAAACACGCAGAGCUGCCCACCCUGUGUACUGAGGGCAUUCCAAACGAAACUGUAAACUGUAGCCAUGAGAGAUCGCCAAAUUGAAUUUUAACCGCACAGCAUCCCUUACCCAUCACCUGCAAGACAGUCAGACAGGCCUGAAGGCAAAGGUCGUAAUUGCGACAUCAUUGAGGACACACUGAUAAUGCUUAUGAAAUCUGAGCAAUGGAAGCCAUCUUCUAACACAAGUAAAAUUAUGGGAUUUAGGAAAUGCUCCAAAGAUAUUGUAUGGUUAAGAUCUUGAUUGUUUCUGUAAAAUAUUUAUCUUUUUGCUAUUGUUUGCUAAACCCAAUUUUUGUCAUGUCAAAUUAUGAAAGUGGAAAGUGGCACUGAGAGGAGGAAAUGUUUGUGCGUGUGAACCUGGUGGUAAUGUAAAAACUGGACAUCUAUAAAAUCUAAAAGGUCCUACAUGAUCGCAUUGUCAUUUGCUGUCUGGUUUUUAACUAAAGGUUCUAAACUAUAACUAUUCUAAUUUCUUGCAUCUAAUCAACAUGGGUUAUGUUUUUGGUGUGUUAUGAAGCUUACAUACAUGUCAUUGAGCGAAUAAGGACUGGGCUAAGGACAGUCCCCUCCAUCCUAUUCUUCCUCGUGAUUGCAUGCUGCCUUACCUCCUGUGAGGUGCUCAGUAGUGAUAUAAAUAAUAAACCCGCUACUAUUGGUCAACUGAAGCAGAUACUUCUAUCUACUACUAGAAAUGUUGUGUUUUCAAAUCAUCAGUAACUGCUGUGAUGAACAAAUGACUCCUACUUCAACCUGUCCUGACCUUUCUCUACAAUUAUGAAACUAAAAUCAAUGUUUGAUCAAUGUGAAUUUGGGUGCAUAAUUCUUAGUGACUGAACCACGCCUUAAAUUUGCUGUGCAUGAUUUAAAGAGAGCUUGUUUUGAGAAAAUUGUCAGGGGAGUGAGAAACAACCUGUCUACAUAGAUACUGCGUGUUGCCUUGGAGAGUAAUUCCUUUCUUUUGUCCUGCAUAUCUAAACACAUUUCUGGGAGAGUGUACAUUUUGAGAAUCCUGCUUUGUGUAGUUUCUUUGCCUUUUACUGUAAUGUUAGAUCCAUUCAUCAUUUCUUUCAUAACAAAAUGAAAUAUCAGCACUGUACUCUACAAACGGAAAGUGCCAACGUGUGUUAGGACAACCUGUGUUGCCAGUCAUUAAUGUAGUUAAUAUUCUUUUUGUUAAAACAUUUUACACAUUACAAUUAUUUGUAUUUCUAGUCAAACUAUGAUGUGUAAUGAACGCUCAUCUGGAUAAAUAGCAUGUGCAUCUAACCCCAAAUCACCAUCUGUCCUGCUUCAUAAACAGAGGGCUCAUACGGUACUUGAUGCUUUAGGAUGUAUUUUUUAUUUUUUUUUCCACCUGGUUUAAAAGAUGCCUUUGAUGCACAUGUAAACAAUGUGAUAUAUAAAUCCUGAGGCUACGGUGUGGCUUAUCCUGUUAAGGUACUGUUCUACAACAUGGAUUGGUCCCGCUGUCCAGUUGUCAAACCCGAGUUUCUGUCAACUAUGUCUUGUCUUGCUGGCUGGCAGGGGGAUCAAGCGUCCAUUGUGCGACCUCAGCUGUGUGUAAAAAGUCUUCCUCCAACCAAACUUCAGACAGCGGUGUGACAGUAUGCCAUGGAGGAGAGGACAUGUUUACCUGCACUCUCAAAUCCAUAGCAGGAGGUUAUAGCCAUGAGCACUGCUAAUUAAUAUGCCUGCUUUCAAAACUGGGAAAAAGCUUUGUUAUACAUAUAAAAUAUAGCCAACUUGUUAUUA